GCGCGCGGGUAGCUGUCAGAUAGUGGAGAGAGACAGAGACGGAGACAGAGACAGAGACACCCACCCUGCUCGCUUCGUCUUGUCCGUAUCCAGCCCUCCUUCCCUCGGCGCCUCCGACAGGCCACCUCACACCGCUCCCACGGCCGUCUAGCUGCUGGGCGGACCUUUUUUUUUUUUUCCCCCCUUUUUUUUGUACCCUGAACGCACAUUUUAGCGCAAAAAGGAGCCCGCACAUUUUCCCCGGAGCUGUCAAAGUAGAAGAAGCCGAGAGACAGGGGAGCGACAUGGCCACGACAACCUGUACACGAUUCACAGACGAGUACCAGCUAUACGAGGAGCUGGGGAAGGGAGCCUUUUCAGUGGUGCGCAGGUGUGUUAAGCUGUGCACAGGACAGGAAUAUGCCGCAAAAAUAAUCAACACCAAAAAGUUAUCUGCAAGAGAUCACCAGAAGCUGGAGAGAGAGGCUCGAAUUUGUCGCCUGUUGAAACACCCCAACAUUGUCCGUCUUCAUGACAGUAUAUCAGAGGAGGGCUUCCACUACCUCCUGUUUGACUUGGUUACCGGAGGUGAACUGUUUGAGGACAUUGUUGCCAGAGAGUAUUACAGCGAGGCCGACGCCAGUCACUGUAUCCAUCAGAUUCUAGACAGUGUCCAUCACAUUCACCAACAUGACAUAGUGCACAGGGACCUGAAGCCAGAGAACCUGCUCCUAGCAAGCAAAUGUAAGAAUGCUGCAGUGAAGCUGGCCGACUUCGGCCUAGCCAUAGAAGUGCAGGGGGAUCAGCAGGCCUGGUUUGGAUUUGCUGGCACACCGGGGUACCUGUCCCCUGAGGUAUUGAGGAAGGAGGCAUAUGGCAAACCUGUGGACAUCUGGGCCUGCGGGGUGAUCCUCUACAUCCUGUUGGUGGGUUACCCUCCUUUCUGGGAUGAGGACCAGCACAAGCUGUACCAGCAGAUCAAGGCUGGGGCUUAUGAUUUCCCCUCUCCAGAGUGGGACACAGUCACCCCAGAGGCCAAAAACCUGAUCAACCAGAUGCUGACCAUCAACCCAGCUAAGAGGAUCACUGCCCAGGAGGCCCUCAAGCACCCAUGGGUCUGCCAACGGUCCACAGUGGCGUCUAUGAUGCACAGACAGGAGACUGUGGAGUGCCUGAAGAAAUUCAAUGCCAGGAGGAAACUCAAGGGGGCCAUUCUUACUACCAUGCUGGUUUCUCGAAAUUUCUCUGUGGGCAGCAGGCAGACCACCGCUCCAGCCUCUGUAACUGCGGCCGCAGCAGCAGUGGCUGCAGCCGCCGGCACCACCGCAGGGCUGGUGGAACAAGCUAAGACUUUGCUCAACAAAAAGGCAGAUGUCAAGAAACGCAAGUCCAGCUCUACUGUCCAGUAUAUGCCCCAGACAAACAGCACCAAAAACAGCAUAGUCACCAGCCCUAAAGGAAACAUCCCUUCACCUGCUCUGGAACCUCAGACAACCGUCAUCCAUAACCCAGUGGACAGGAAAAAGGAAUCAUCGGACAGCAGCAACACCACUGUAGAGGAUGAGGACGUUAAAGGAAAGAGCUUAGACAGCAGCUCGCUUAAGGCGCAGUCCAGCACGAGCUCCCAGCCUGAUAGCUCUCAGGGCUCCUCAGCUGCUUCGUUCUCUGCCACAAAGUUUGCUGAUCUGCUGGGCUCGGUGCGUAGGGGCUCAGGGCCCACAUCUGACGGAGAAGGGAGAUCCAGCACUCCUCCUCCUGCUGCCUUUUCCGCCCCCUCCCCUCCACACACCCCUGUUGUCCCCAUGCAGAUGUCUCGGCUCACAGACCUGGUAAGCAGCGUCCGCAGGGUGCCGGUGGCACCCGCACCUGAGGUGGAGGCUGCACCGGCGCCGGUACCUUGUGCCAGACCCACCCCUCCACCUGCACACACCACCUCCCCACCUCCCCCUCACUCCCCCUCCAGCCCAUCCCUGUCCUCCUCCCAGAUGCGCAAACAAGAAAUUAUCAAGAUCACUGAGCAGCUGAUAGAGGCAGUGAACAACGGAGACUUUGAGGCAUAUGCUAAGAUCUGCGACCCUGGGCUGACCUCGUUUGAGCCGGAGGCGCUGGGCAACCUGGUAGAGGGGAUGGAUUUUCACAGAUUCUACUUUGAGAACCUUUUGGCUAAGAACAGCAAGCCAAUCCACACUACCAUCCUGAACCCCCAUGUCCAUCUGAUUGGCGAGGACGCGGCCUGCAUCGCUUACAUCCGCCUGACUCAGUUUGUCGACGGCCAGGGUCGACCGCGGUCCAGCCAGUCAGAGGAAACUCGUGUUUGGCAUCGCAGAGACAGCAAGUGGCAGAACAUCCACUUCCACUGCUCAGGCGCACCUGCUGCGCCCCUCCAGUGAGGGUUAAAUGCCAUAGCUUUGUCUGUCAGGAGUGCUCUGCUGGAGAUAGGGAGGAAGAGGAAGAGGAGGAAGAGGAGGAGGGGGAAGGGAUGAAAGACCAAGUCUGGUAUCUGUUUUGGGGACAGGGCUCCUCCCCUCAUACUGGAAGCCCAGCCUCAAUCCCCGAGCAUGCAUCUCUUCUUUUACUACCACUGUCCUCCUGUCUGUCACCUGGCCCGAAAUCAUCUUUUGAGCGCCAUCAAACAACAGCAAAUAAACGUCCAACAGCUCAACAUCCUUCACCCCCCUCAGGCUUCCUCUUCUUCUCUCCGGCACACUGGGUGAUUGGCGGGGGUGAGGGUGUUUUCAGCACUCGUCGUGAUUCCCCCUUCCUGUCCCCUCCUUUCCACCCCCACAAUUUUUGCGACACCGACCCUCUUGUCCUCCUGUGAAUCAACACUUGUGUGACAUAAACACUGCACUGGAAAUACAGUAUGUAAAGUUUUAAGUAAAAUCUAUUAUUAUCAUUACUAUAUUAUUAUGAUGAUGAUUAUUAUUAUUAUUAUUACACAUUUGCAAUUGUAUAUGUAAUUUGUAUAAUUCGAAAUUCUUGAUGCCAGUGGUUUCUAGAGUUGAAGGACAUCUUUUUGUUGUUGUUUGUUUGUUUUGUUUUUCUCUAUCUUUUUAAGGAAGCAUGUUUUUUUCCCCAUAUUAACAGUGGCUGUUUUUUACUGUGGCUAUUAAGUGGAAAAUGAUAUUGGUAGUUUUUGUAAAUUGCUUCUUGUAUGUUAGCUAUAAUACUGCGCCCAAACUCAUGGUCAACAUGUUUUGUGUUUGUUUGUUUGUUUUACUUUCCUUUUAUUUGUACUUUGUUGGGUUUUUAUUUUGGAAGGGGUGUCUGAUGGUGUCGUGUGUUCCUGUCGAGAGAGAGUCAGUGUGUACAGCUGGAGGAGCCUGUUUUCCCCUGUUGCAAUGUGAGCGGUGGGAGACGGGGUUAGCUAGGCUCUCAGUGUCUUCCUGCAUUUAAAAGAAUUUACAUUUCAAACGUACAAACCAGACAGCAUGCAAUAGGAGAUUUACUGUUAGUUUACUUUUCCAUCUUAAAAGUUUAACCCUGCAACGGUUGCAUACUGAAAAUUUCAAGCACUCUCGGUGGUGAGGGGUGAAAAUUGACGAUACACAUCUUUUUUUCAGUUAGCAUUGAUGUUCCCUUACUUGUUCUGUUUUAUUGUCACCUUGAGAGAAAAAAAAAAACAUCUCCCAUCCCAAUGAUAGCUUUUUCUUAAAUGUACCACAAGGAACUUUUAACUAGUCAUAAAACAAUGCUGAUGGUCUUGAUUUGACCUACAUAAGACCUACAUAACAAGACCAUCAGCACGAAGAUUGGCUUUUUCCAUACAUGUAUUCUUAAUGGCUGCCAUUAGGCCAGAUUCCCCACAAAACCAUCAUAUUACUCAUAAACAUUUAUAACAAAAAGUGACUAUUACUGAGCAACUGGACCUGUCACGUAUAAACCACACUGGAACAAAGUUGACUUUGUUUCACCCUCAUCUUAUUACAGUCACAAAUCUUACAAAGUCAUGAAGUACAUUACCUCAUUUGUGAAUCCUUCAACUGUGUUUAAAGAAAAAAAAAGUAGUCCAAUUAUGUUGUCUUUCUUUCACUCUCUUCCGAAACCAAUCCAGAGAAAGAUCCCUACCACAGGAGGCAGCGGUGGUGCUUUACUUUAUCCAGAGGGGCCGCCUGAAUCAACAACUAAUAAAAGUUCCUUGUUGCUGCUUUAAUAAACAACAUACUUUACGUUGGAAUGACGGUUUUAGGUUAAGAUGACUUGACUACUUUUUUUAACAAGGUGUUGUUAUAUAAAGACAUUAUUUGUAUGUUCCAUGUAACAACAAGGUAAACUUUCAGUCCAGAGAGGGAAUAACGUAGGUGAUAUCAGAAAAACUGACAAUGAUUCAUUUAAAGAAAUCGUUUGUUUUUUACGCCUCAUCGUGGGUGAGAUAUUUUGAGGAAGAUUCUUCUUUGACUGGUCACUGUAGUUUAUGUCCCAGUCCUGUUGUGUGGUAAAGUCAGGAUCAGGCUGAACAGAGAAACCUCAACAGGUUAACAGAACUGAACAAAUUCAAGUCCGUCCUGUUGUUAUGAUACUCAAAUCACUGCUUGGAUAUUUGGAAAAACCCCAAACAAAAGGUACCUUGUUAUCAUGGGAUAUUUUGGUGUACGACAAUCUGUCAUACCGUUAUGUAAAAGUAUCUUGUGAUAAUUGCUCUGUCAUUAACAAAAACAGGGAACUCUUUUUAGUCAAAGUAGCAGGGGCAAGCAGUCUUACAUCCCAAACCUCACUUCCACCAGCCCCUCACCUCUGUCUUUGACGAUUCAAAUAAAAAGGUGCUUGGAGACCGUCGCCCUGUCGGUGGCUCCUGAAGUUGCCAGGCAACAGCUGAAUACCUACUUGAAGCUCGCUGUGCUUUUCCUAAAAAGUUUAGAUGUUUAAAAAAAAACAACAAAAAAAAAACUCUUUAACGGCUGGUCCCUUUUUUCUCUCUUUUAAUCAGAAAAAGACAAAAUAAAUCAGUGAAAGGAUCCUGGCAGCUGUGCGACCUUUCCCACCUCCAAAGCCAUGGUGCAGAACGGUGACGCCGCUGCCUGUUUGUCUGUACAAUGCACACCCACAUAGACGAUCAACACUUAGAUCCAUAUCAGUGAGGAAGAAGUAUGUGUGUGUGUGUGUUUGAAGCCUCUACAAGUGAUUUCUGCCGUACAGUGAGUUCAUGAACAUCUGCAGAUUGUGAGGUUUGCUUCACUGUCCUGUGGUCCGGUUCCUUAUUUCAGGGCAGUCCUUUGCCACAGAGUGCAAUAUGUGUCUGUGUGUGCGUGUGUGUCUGUCUGCAAGCAGGUACAAAUAAUGCGUUGAGCUCAGUGUGUAUUCUUGACAAGCCUGGGUGCGGUGGGUUGUUGUGUAAGAGAUGGGAAGAUGAGGCUUUAUUUUCAGAGGACAUAUCAGUCCCCUGCCUUCAUCCCAGGACUUCUUUUUUUCUUCUUAUGAUUCGAUAUCAUUUUUCAACAUUUUUUCGUGUAUUAUCAGCUUUCUAUGAUAUAAAGUGCUUGUGUGCCAGGGGGGUGGCGGGAUGAAUCCGAUGGACUUUGCAGCACUGAAAACUGUUUGUGUGAGGGUUUGACUUGCGAUCAGCUCCUCUGUACUUUGCUCGUACACCACUGGCUGCCUUCACAUUUGUCUCACCCCUAUUGGUCAGACCAAUAUAUUAAGAGAGCAGGCAGUCGUUUUGGUGAAUAGUCCUCAGGUUUCUAUUUAUUUUGAAUAUUUAUUUAUUUAUUUGAGUUGAUAUUUUUAUUGUGCUUCUUUCUCUUUUCUUUUUCUUUUGUUUGUUUUCCUAUUGUACAGUUCAUGCACUUGUGCAAGUACUGUCUGUUGUUGUUCAAAGGGACACUGCUCCAUGUAAAACAUGACUGUAUUUUUAAAGGGAUAGUACACCCAGUUUGCAUCCUGCAUGUGUUUCUCUGUAACGACCAACAUGGUGUGAAUUACGUCUCCUUUUUUUCUGCUAUUUUUUCCUCUCCUGCUUCAGAUUGAACUUGUUUUGACAUUGUUUCUGCAGUUGUUUUUUAUGGUGUCCUUUUUAUUUUCAUUUUUCCUCUUCUGCCACGUAUGUCAUUACAGCCUGCACAGGAUCGUAUUUUGUGUGAACUAUCCCUCCAGCAGCUUUAUCACCUUUGUUUAAGGCGAUGAGACUUUUUGCUUUUGAGUGUUUUUUUUUCCAAGGUGAACCGCCGAGUCAUCAUAUUGUACUUGUGUCUCAUCCUCUGACAGUGUUUAAUGCCUAGCUGACCCUGUUUUUACACUGAAAGGUCAAGGCUCACCUGAAAGCGUUUCAUUUGUGAUCGUGCUAACCAAACAUGACCCCCGGCCUCCUCUGAAAAAAAAAGAAGAAAUAGCAGCAUGUACAGUACAAAUGUGUUGUUCCUCUGUUCUUCUUAGUGUGUUUACUAGCCUUGAAAAUCAGUAUAAUAAGAUUCACAUAUUUAAAACGAGGGAGUUCACAGUAUUACACAACUGCAGCUAACUAGCAGCGUAGCCGGCAAUUUUUUCUUUGCAUGACAGUCAACAGGACACUUGUUUUUUUGGUGUUUUCCUUUUUAUUUGGGUUUUGCUCAUUUUCUACUGAAUGCUGGUAUACUCAACCUUUCUCUAUUUUCUCAGCUUUUUAAGUGCAUAUAACUAUUUUUGUCUCAAGAUGAUAUAAUGAAGAUGAUUAUGAUGAUGAUAUUAAUGACUGUGGCACUAUGAGGAUGACUAAGAUGAUGUUGACGGUGAUGAUGUGACGAAGACUAUCUCGCAUGCUUUUCUAUGGGGCUCUGUGUUGUCAGUGCAUAACAGCUGCCUUUUGUACGCAGCUGGGAGAAUACUACGAGGGGCGCUUGUUGACCGCGGGCCCCACGAGUGAUGUCAGGGCUUUAGUUUUAGCCUGGGUGUCACUGCCGAUGUCCACCUGACCGAGUAGAGGCAGUUCGAAGAGUGGACGAGCUCCAGCAGGGGGCGCACUCACACAUUGUAAAGCACAAACACACAGGGAUGGAGGGCAGACUGAUGCCUCUGAUGUAGCUGCACAAUAAGUCAACUAUAGUUUCAAGCCUGUCUGUUUGAACAGACAGUCCAGUCAGAGACAACAGCAGUUUAUCACUGUAGGAUAAGAAAACACUUCCAUUAUAUUUGCUGAUCAGGGCUGCACAGUUAUGACCAAGACAACCAUCGUCACGUCGACAUGUGAUUGAUCUCCAUCUUAUAUCAGAAACUUUUUUCCAGAUGCUUUUUACAUUCUAGCUAGAUACAAAAUGCACUGAUUCAACUGAUAAAUCAUGAUUUUGUGUGACUGAUCAAAGCCGAAAUCAUGAUAGAAAAUGAGUAAUUGUGCAGCCCUACGUACGAGCUACAACAACUGUCCUUCUCUAGUCUCUUGAAGUCAGUGCGAGCUCCGCCGCCUUCCUGUCAGCUGUUUAGUAGAACUAAUCAUUUUGAGAUAACCCGGAGCCACGUGUUCACUCUGAACCGCCACCAUCUUCUUUCUCCGGCCAGUGACAAAGUUGCACUGACAACACUGAGUUGGCUUCUCUUCGUAGGGUUUCUUUCACUCUUUCUCCCUUUCCCCUCUGUAUCCGACCUUAUUCAGUCAAUUCUCUGCAGUCGGCUCUUUCUACUUUCCCUUUGUCUCUUUUCGUCCGUUUGGGUUUCCUCUGUAUAUUGAUAGUAAUCAUCUAGUUCUCUGAUUCUUCAGAUUAUUGCUCUGUUCUCUUACGUGCUACACGUGUUUCUAUAACUUCAAGACAAUGUGUUAAGGUGUUAUCAAUAAAACGAUCAUUUAAAUA